AAUAAAUAAGAAUAUAAAAAGCGAAAAGAUAACGGCGAUAAGGCAGCAGCAGAAUAAAAAAAAAAAAAGGUAAUAAUAUUUGAUUAAAGAAUUUCCGUACACGUCUAAUCAGGAAGCCGUAAAAAGAGGAGAAAAAUUAAUCCCAGUUUUAAUUUGAAUUUCGAUUCUUUUGUUUAUCUUGAUUACCGUUUGACUUCCAGCGCUAAAGGCGGUAAGACGUAUAAUACCACCUCGGCUCGUAAAGAUUCGUGAGCCGGGUAGGUAAUUUUAUGCGUAGCAUAAUUACUUCACCCUACGCAAAGAUGUCCGCAACAAACAGAGUCCAUAAUUAACCAACCGCGAGUGGAGCGACGGGAAUUAAGCCCGGAUGCUUGAAGUGUACAAAUUGACCAAAAGUGUUAGCCGACUACAUUUAUUUCCUCUGUAGGCUUCGCUUCGUGCAUACUGCAUACACACCGAAGGUCGCGAGUGAUUUGUGGGAAAACUUUUAUCACAUUAGGACGAAAUUAAAUCACACCUCACCAUGGCGUACAACACGACGCUACCAUUAAUCUCCCAAGCCUCAAACUGCUCUUUCAAUGGGAGCGAGUGCGCGGAGGAGGAAUACAUCCCCUACAGUUCUCGCCCUGAGACCUACAUCGUCCCCGUUGUCUUCCUCAUAAUCCUCGUCGUGGGUGUCUCCGGCAAUGGUGCUCUGGUCCUGACGCUACUUCGCCACGCCAAUAUGCGCAACGUGCCGAACACCUACGUGCUGUCCUUGGCGCUGGGUGAUUUGCUGGUAAUUCUAACGUGCGUUCCAUUCACCUUCACCGUCUACAUCGUUGAAUCCUGGCCGUUCGGACUUGCUUUAUGCAAGAUCUCAGAAUGCGCGAAAGACGUUUCAAUCGGUGUCUCGGUCUUCACACUGACCGCGCUUUCGGCUGACAGAUUUUUCGCCAUUGUUGACCCAAUGCGAAAGCUACACGCGACUGGCGGCGGCCGCCGAGCGACACGCUUCACCGUUGUGAUAGCAAUCAUGAUCUGGAUACUCGCUAUCAUUUGCGCUAUUCCAGCUUCCUUCUCUUACAUCAAAGUGUUGCGCGUGAAUGAGGAGGUCGUUUUUGAGACUUGCUAUCCCUUCCCCGAGGAAUUCGGCCCCGAUUAUCCAAGGAUAGUGCUGAUCUGCCGUUUCUUCAUCUACUACGCGCUCCCCCUCGCUGUGAUCGGGGUAUUCUACCUUCUGAUGGCGAGACAUCUGUUUCAGAGUACGAGGAACAUGCCUGGAGAAAUGCAGUGUCAAGUCCGUGCCAGUGUGAAACAAGUCAAGGCCAGGAAGAAGGUAGCGACGAUGGUCAUGGCGUUCGUCGUCGUCUUCGCCAUCUGCUUUUUCCCCCAGCACGUGUUCAUGCUGUGGUUUUACAUCCACCCAACCUCUCAGCAGGACUACAACGCCUUCUGGCACGCAUUUAGGAUCCUGGGAUUCUGUCUGAGCUUCAUGAACAGCUGCAUCAACCCCAUCGCUCUCUACUUCGUCAGCGGGACAUUCAGAAAGUAUUUCAACAGGUAUCUCCUAUGCUGCUGCGUUUCAGCGGAGCGUCGUUCGUCCGUCAGCAGUUCUCGACGUCGCGGUCAGAGUAUGUCGAACCCGCGGUGUCCAGGAAGCACAAGUUCGAGACGAGGACAGCAAAGCACCGUUCAAUUACCAACUUGGGCUGUACCAACAGCUACAACACGAAUCGGACCUCGAGCCAGAGCUCAUAAUAACGAACAAGAGACGGUAGUAACGACAUGCAACAACGGCCUGGAACACCGGAUUUAAGGUGAAUUCCCACUGUGCGUGAAUGACGUAGAGUCGUCCUGCAGUGAAACGGUCGCGUGAUCCUUUAAUUAAUGUCCCUUCAGACCGUUGAGCCCAGGCAGUAGAGCACCUCACGCUAUCUUCCAACAGUCGUCCUGAUGCUGGUUGUAGACGCGGUAUGUGUUCCAUUUUGCAUAAAACUGGCGAAACUUUUCACGUCAGGAUGCUUCAGGAUGCUGAGCUCGCGUUUCGUUGUAUUGAUGACGAGCUCGCACAGUUCCCUCGGAAUUUAGUGGCACUGCCUUCGCACUUGGCGUUGCGGAAAAUAUCAGAUGCAUCCCAGAUACCUUUACCCACGUUUCGGUGAACAACGUGUUCGGAUGGAACACCGUUUAAAAGCAA